AUGGAGACACAAGCAGGCCGACCGGAGCCGUCCGGUUUCCGCAACAAACGUCCACGAAAAGCCGCCCAGUGGCUCAACCCUCUGCUGCGCUUCCUGCAGCUGGCAGCUGCCGUUUCCGCCUUCCCUGUGAUGAUCCGCGCAGGGGCAGGUCUGCUCUGGUUCUCCAACUGGCACGCCUUCUCGUUUCUUAUAGCGGGGACAGUUAUAGCUGGGUUCUGGGCACUGCUGAUGCUGCUUCUGGACUGCUUCCUGGCAGCUUCUGGGAAGCUGCUUCACUCGACGGCUCUGCUGUGGGCCAUUGUGAUUGGGCCUGCCAGGCCGUCCCUUCAUCUGCACGGGGUCAACGCCUCAGCCUCUCCACUGCUCAUUCCCCAUCUUCUCCUGCCCAAUCCGCUUGCUGUCCCAUCGCUGCAGAUUGCUCUAUCUAUGGCCCUGAGUGCUGGUGCUGCCACGGCUGCCUUGACCACUCUCAACGACCAGGGCCUGCCAGGCCGCCCCUUCAUAUGCACAGGGUCAACUCCCUUCAACACCUUCUGCGCCCGCACCAAGGCUGCUGCAGCCAUGGCUCUCAUCUCUGCUUCCUUCUUCCUGCCCUCGCUGCUGCUCAGUGGUGCCAGACUAGCUUCCGAGUACUAUGAGGAGGAGGAUUAG